AUGCCCACCCCUUUAGAUCGAGCUUUGAAUUCUAAGAACCUUUUCCUUGGGUUCGCAGGAAUGGUCACCGCAGUCGCAGCAUUUAGUAUAUGGGGCAGCGAUGUCCUUCCUGCCCAGGCCGAUCCCACUGGAAACCCAGAAGAUUGGACAAUGGAUGAGAUAACAAGGUGGCUCAGAGCGCGAGGAUUGCUACCAAACGAGAAUGCGACGCGUGGGGAGCUACUCGAAAGAGUGAAAGCGAACCUUCGCAUACCGCGCAAGACGGCGCCGGCGUCGUAA